GUGUAACAGAUACAGCCAAGAGCCAUAACUGCUUAGGUCCCUCCACCUCCAGCUGUCUCUACAUUGCUCUUUAUUCCUGCCUCUCUCUCGGACUGCCCGCUCCUUUCGCUGUGUUUCGAGGGGUUAUGACAGGAUCAGCUGCUAGGACAUUUUAUCUUUACACUAAAAUUAGGAUUGUUUCUUAGUGAGGAGGGGCCUGCACCUCUACAGACAGCACAGCAGCCCAAACUCACAAGAGAGGCUCACUACGACCUCCGGCUGCCUGCUCUAGAGGGCUCUGCUGGAGCCUUGGCCCUAGGAGAGAGCGCCCAAUCUUUAGCCCUGGAACAACCUGACGAGCACAGGUAACGGCUAGACCUCAGGGCAAGGUAAAUGGCGGCUCUAUCCCUUCCUCCACCCAAUUCUCAUCUGGCUCUUGAAAUGCCAAACGGAGCCCCACGUUUCCUGUCUUUCCCUCGCUCUGUCACUGCACCCAUUGGCUCUCAAGCUGUCAUGAGAUGCUGCAUUAGUGGGGAUCCUCCACCUUGUGUACUCUGGGAGCGUGUGGGAAAUAUUCGAUUAGAACUGGGAGGUAGAUGUAAUGUUCAACAAGAUGGGCAAUGGUAUCAGCUCGUGAUUGGUGACCUGAAAUUGGAGGACUCGGGACAUUAUAUGUGCCGAGCCAGUAACUGGUCUGGUGAAGGCUACGCUGGAGCUAAACUCACAGUUACGCACAACUUUAAUGAGGUUAACGAACCUUGCACAUUACCACCUGAGCUGCCAUCUGAGCUACCUUUGACCUUAAAAAGUGGGCCAAGCGCUGCAAUAUCCAAUGUUACUCCAAGCUCUAACUCUGUUAACUCUUCCAACUCUCAAGAACUUAGCUCAGAUGGGAAUUACUUGCUAUCUUCUAAAACUGAUUAUUCAGAGAUUCCUGACUUCCCUCCUCACUUCCUACUUGUCCCAACGUCCCAAAGACUAUGUCGGGGUCAAAGUGCAGAGCUUUCUUGUAGGCUUUCGGGGAAACCGGAGCCAAUAGUCCAAUGGGAGAAAGAUGGAGUAAGCAUGAAGGACCUUUGCGACGGAUCUCAUUAUCGUUUGUCUCCUGGCGGUCACACCUUAUACAUUUCCCAUGUUCAUGCCCCUGAUGCUGGGGUAUAUGUAUGCCGGGCAAGUAACAGAGAAGGCCAAUGUUUAGCCGCUGCUGUCCUGCUAGUAGAUCCAGCCACACGCCAAGGUCAAGAGCCUGUUCUAGGGGACCCCCCACCUCAGGUUAAAGUCUUCACAGUCAAUGAAGGAAAACAUGCCAAACUUCGAUGCUUGGUGACUGGUAAACCCCGUCCUGAAAUUGUCUGGCGCAAAGAUAAUCGUGCAGUAAGUCCAGGGCGCAGAACAUUGAUUUAUGAGGAUCGUGAAGGCCACUUCAUCCUGAAGGUGCUGUUCUGCAGACAGCAGGACCGUGGCUUGUAUGUAUGUGGUGCCUCCAACACAGCUGGAAACACACUGAGUGCUGUCAUGUUACACGUGAGAGAGGUAGGUGAACGAUUCCCAGCACCCCUGAGAGAUAUUGCAGUGCGAGAGGGGCAGGACGCCAUAUUGGAGUGUUCGGUUCCAGAUGGGUCUCGAACGUCCUGGUUUCUGGAAGAUCAGCGGUUACACCCAGGGAAGAGGCACCACAUGGAAGAAAAUGGUCCAUUGCGACGACUCAUCAUCCGUGGGGCCAGAACCGAUGAUGAUGGAGUGUAUGUAUGUCAAACUCAGCGAGGGGCCCAGAGCAUUGCGGAGGUAGCUGUCAGAGGUUCCAUUGUGAAGAGACUGCCUCGUCGUUUAGAGGUGGUGGAAGGUGGUAAUGCAGCUUUCUGUGCUGAGACGGAUAGCGAUGUGGAGCAGGUCGGGUGGACUCAUAAUGGAGAAAUUCUGUUUGAGGAUUCCAGGACAGUUUUGAAGAGUUUUGGGAGAACUCACGUCUUAGUGAUGGUUGGGGUAACACAAGAGGAUUCUGGGAUUAUCCAGUUCCACGCUGGACUUUCUGAAUCAUCUUGUCAACUCCGCGUGAAGGCUCGUGGAGUGAAUAUUGCCCCUGCCUGUGGGGAACCCCCUAGUCGUAUGGUGGAUGUUGGACAGCCGAUCAGCCUUAACUGCCACGUGCCCAGCUCAGGGACCAAGGUUCGCUGGAUGAAGGACGGUCAGGAACUGGAGUCAAGAGGACGAGUCUCCAUCAAGUCAGACGGCAGAAUGCGAAGACUCCUUAUCUCAACCUCCAACUCAUCAGACACGGGGACGUACACAUGUCACACCGCUAAUGACAAAGCAAGCUUCAUGGUCACCAUGACUGAGCCUCCGGUGCAAAUUAUAAACACCAUCGAUGGCAUGGAGCGGAAGUGUCUGAGUGGGGAACGCGUGGUUUUAAGUUGCGAGGUGUCCCGGGAGAAUGCUGCUGUGCGCUGGUACCGAGAUGGUGCGGAGGUGGAGAAGAGUGAGAAUAUCAUGAUAGAGUCUGACGGGAGACACCGCAGGUUGCUGAUAAGCAAGGCACUGAUGCAGGACUCGGGAGAAUAUGUGUGUGAUGCCGGAGACGACUCUGUCUUUUACAAUGUGACAGUCACAGAACCCCCUGUGAAAAUCAUAAGAACAAGCGACGAUACAGAGCUUAAGUGUCUAAGUGGAGAGCCGGUGACACUAAGCUGCGCAGUAUCACGAGAGAAUGCGGCGGUGCGCUGGUACCGAGAUAACGUGGAAGUGGUGGAAAGUGAGAGCAUAAAACUGGAGUCAGAGGGCAGGGAUCGCAGACUAAUUAUCCUUAAUGCAGGAUCACAGGACGCGGGCAAAUUUGUUUGCGAUUCUGGAGAUGACUCUGUCUGUUACAAUGUGACGGUGACAGAUCCCCCAGUAAAAAUUGUAAACACAAGUGAUGACGCAGAGUUCAAGUCUCUGAGCGGGGAACACGUCCUGCUGAGCUGUGAGGUGUCCAGGGAGAACGCCGCUGUGCGUUGGUAUCGGGACGGCGUGGAGGUUGACCAAAACCUGCGAAUCAGACUUGAGUGUGAUGGGAAGCAUCGCAGGCUGAUUAUUGACAGUGCAAGCACUCAGGACUCCGGGGAGUAUGUCUGCGACACUGGCGAUGACUCUGUGUUCUACUCGGUAACAGUUAAAGAACCCCCGGUGAAAAUUGUCAACACCACUGAUGACACGGACAUGCAGGGUCUGAGUGGCGAACAGGUGGUGCUCGGCUGCGAGCUGUCUAGAGAGAGUGCCCAGGUUCACUGGUACAAGGAUGGCGAGGAGAUGGAGGAAACUGCGCACAUCAGGCUGGAAUCGGAGGGAAGUCACCGCAGACUGGUUAUAUCCAGUGCACUGGUGCAAGACUCAGGGGAGUAUGUCUGUGAUGCUGGUGAUGAUUCCGUCUUCUUCAAUGUGACAAUAAAAGAACCUCCCGUGAAGAUAGUAAACAUGAGUGAUGAUGGAGAGCACCGAUGCUUGAGUGGGGAGCGGGUGGUGCUGAGCUGCGAGGUGUCCCGGGAGAAUGCCCAGGUGUGCUGGUCCCGGGAUGGCAUGAAACUGGAGGAAAGUGAGAACAUAAUUAUGGAGUCAGAGGGGAAACAUCGUUGGCUGGUGAUCCACAAUGGUCAAGCUCAGGACUCCGGAGAAUUUGUCUGUGACGCUGGAGAUGAUUCUGUCUUUUAUAAUGUGACAAUAACAGACCCUCCAGUAAAACUCACGAACACGUGCGGCACAGACCACACGUACUUAGGUGGCGACUGUGUGGCACUGAGCUGUGAUGUGUCUCGGGAAAAUGCCCUGGUGCGCUGGUUCCAGGAUGGCGUGGAACUGGAAGAUAGCGAGAACAUAAAGCUAGAGAUGGAAGGAAAACAUCGAAGGCUAAUUAUAAACAAUGCCUUGCCCGAGAUCUCAGGCGAAUUUGUUUGUGAUGCUGGCGAUGACUCUGUGUCUUUUAAUGUUACAGUGACAGAACCUCCAGUAAAGAUUGUGACAAUAAGCGAUGACACGUUAGAGAAUUGCUUUACCGGUGAGAAGGUGGUCCUGAGCUGUGAGGUGUCGCGGCAGAAUGCUGUUGUGCGUUGGUAUAAAGACGGGGAGAGAGUAGAAGAGAGCGAGAGGAUCAUGCUGGAAUCAGAUGGAAGCCUCCGCAGGCUUGUCAUAGUCUCUUCGCAGUUACAGGACUCCGGAGAGUUUGUCUGCGACGCUGGCGACGACUCAGCCUUCUACAAUGUGACAGUAAAAGAGCCACCUGUUAAAAUAGUGAACACAGGUGACGAUACUGACCAUCAUUGUCUGAGCGGGGAGCGAGUCGAGCUGAGCUGUGAGCUGUCCAGAGAGAGCGCAUUGGUCACCUGGUAUAAAGAUGGCAUGGAGGUAGAGGAGAGCGAAGAUGUCAUAUUGCAGUCAUACGGCAAACAUCGCAGGCUGAUCAUUCCUGUAGCCAAAGCCCAGGACUCGGGCGAGUAUGUCUGCGAUGCUAGAGAUGAUUCUGUCUUCUACAAUGUAACAGUAACAGACCCUCCAGUUAAACUAGUGAACACCACGGAUGACACAGAACACAAUUACCUGACCGGAGAGCGCAUGCUGCUGAGCUGUGAGGCGUCUUUGGAGAACGCGGGUGUGCGCUGGUACAAGGAUGGCGUGGAAGUGGAGGAAAGCGAGAGCAUAAGGAUAGAAUCAGAUGGGAAACAUCACAGGCUGAUUAUUGACAUCACUCAGGUCGAAGACUCGGGGGAGUAUGAAUGUGACGCGGGAGACGACUCACUGUUUUACUAUAUAACAGUUACCGAGCCCCCCGUAAAAUUUGUGAACGUUUGCGAUGAUUUGGAGCUGAACUUCUUGAGUGGUGACCGCAUGGUGCUGAGCUGUGAGGUGUCCAGGGAGAAUGCCGCGGUACGUUGGUAUAAAGAUGGGAUUGAAAUGAAAGAUGGAGAAGGUGUCAGGUUGGAGUCUGCUGGAACCCAUCGAAGGUUCAUUAUCCCCACAGCGCAAACAGAGGACUCUGGCGAAUUUGUCUGCGAUGCUGGAGAUGAUGCUGUGUUCUUUAGCGUGAUGGUGACCGAACCACCCACAAAAAUUGUGUUUCCCACGAACAGCUCUCAGGAGCUGGACUUUAUCAGGGGUGACAAAGUGGAACUGGUGAUUGAAGUGUCACGGAGCAACGGCACUGUCCGCUGGUUUAAAGACGGACUGGAGGUGGAUGAAAACGAAACUCUGCGCAUGACGUCCGAUGGGUUCAGGCGAUGCUUGGUCUUACCACACGCAGAAGUGGAGGAUUCUGGGGAAUAUAUCUGUGACACAGACAGUGACUCCAUCACAUUUGAUGUGAAAGUAUCAGAACCACCUGUCACGAUUGUGUCCAGUGGCUGCUCACCAUCCGUGCUACGUGUGACGGAGGGAGAUCCAUUUUCUAUACAGUGUCUACUCUCCCGCGUCUCGGCUGCUGUUAGGUGGUUCAAAGAUGGUCAGAAAUUGAUGACAAAUGACAAACUGACACUGGAUGAACAGGGAACCAAGCACUUCCUUCACUUCCAGUCUGCGCAGCCAGAGAGCGCUGGUCAUUACGAGUGCAACGUUGGCACGGAUGCCAGAGUUUUCACAGUCCAUGUCGAUGAGGCGGUAGUGGCGAUCUUAGGGCGCGAGCAGAUCAUGCCGCGGAGGUUGUGCACAGUGUCUGACGACCUCAGGCUGGCACUCUCCCUGUCCCGAUCUGAUGCUGAAGUGAGAUGGUACAAGGACGGAGAGCGGCUGAGAGACAAUCCACACGUACUAGUGGAGGAGAGGGGAGCAGAACGCUCGCUGACCAUCCUUGGAGUGACACGUGGUGACGCAGGGGAAUAUCUUUGUGAUGCCAGCCAUGACAGCUUCAGCUUUUAUGUCACUGUGGGAGCACCUCCGGUGGUUAUUGUGGGAAAUACUGGAACCCCUGAGCACCAUACUUUGAUGGUUGGCGAUGACCUGGUCUUGUCCUGUGAAUUGUCUCGGCCUAACUUUAAGGUGCGUUGGCUGCGUGAUGGUGAAGAACUUGUGUCGGUUGGACGGGUGAAGAUCCUGUCCCGAGGCGUGCACAGACAAAUUACUAUACAGUCACUCAGACCAUCUGAUUCCGGCACCUACACCUGUGAUGCUACAACAGACCAGAUGCACACCACAGUCCAUGUUGAAGUGCCCCGGCAGGUGGAGUUUAUCACCGAGGUACAGAAUGUCACCGUGCUGGAAGGAGAAACGGCCACGUUUAAGUGCGUUGUCUCUCCCGAUGACGUGAAUCUCAUGUGGGAGUUGAAUGGGUCCCCAGUGCACUCUGACAAGCGGGUCAGCCUUUCAAGUAAUGGGCUGUGCCAUUCUUUUACUCUGCGCUCCUGCCGUAUCUCUGACUCGGGAACUGUGACCGCAAACGCUGAGGGAAUCAUCUCCAGGGCAAGACUAAGAGUACAAGAGGCCCAUGUGCUGUUCACUGAGGGUCUCCAGGAUAUCGAGGUGGAAGAAGAAGAAGAUAUAACACUGACAGUGAAGGUCACUACCGACAGAGCCGACGUCCGCUGGGUGAAACAAGGAGUGGUAAUCCAAUCUAGUGACAAGUAUACUCUGCAGAGCUCAGAACACACACACUCACUCACUAUCCGCUGUGUCCAGGCUUCUGAUCGAGGGCGAUACAGCUGCGAGAGUCUUCACGACAGAACCGAUUGUCGUCUGAACAUUUUACCCAGGAGCAUAGCUGUAAAGAAGGGGCUGCAGGAUGUGAAAUGUUUGGAAGGCAGCAACAUAGAGUUUUCUGUGGAAUUGUCCCACGAAGGUCUAGCUGGAGAGUGGUGGAAAGGCGGUAUGCGUCUGAUCUCCGAUGACCGAUGCACAAUCACAGAAAGUGGCCGUCAGCACUUCCUGCGCUUUUUUGAUCUCACUCUCCCUGAUUCGGGCAUUAUUGCCUUUACCACCGACACCCUCCGCUCUACAGCGCAGCUGACAGUGACCGAGCACCCGCUCGCCAUUACACAACCUCCACAAGACAUUGUGGUCAACGAGGGUGGAUUAGCCUCAUUCCAGUGUGAAGUGUCCAAACUAGAAGCCAUUGUGACGUGGAGCAAGGACGGUGACCCACUGGCUCCAAGUGCUUUGUGUCGUAUGUUUUCUGUUGGCCGACGCAGAAUCCUUCAGCUGAGCAACUGCAGGCUACAGGAUGCUGGGACUUACUCGUGCCAUGUGAAUGACAUGUCUGCUUCUGCCACGCUGCGUGUCCUUGAGCAAGAGCCACAGAUGUUGAGGGAUUUGCAGGACGUGGAUAUCGAGGAGAAUGAAAAUGCUGUAUUUAUUUGUGAAGUUUCAUGCCCUCAGGCAAAAGGGGAAUGGUUCAAAAAUGGCGAGACAAUCAAAGUUACGUCCACCACCAAAAUUCGCCAGGAAGGAAGGAGGCAUUUCCUGUUAAUAUGUGGAGUCCAGUGUGAAGACUCGGGCGAAAUAGUCUUCAGGGCCAGGAGAGUGGAAUCGAAAGCCCAUCUCCGCGUGUCAGAGCUUCCUGUUAGAAUCGUGAAGUCAUUGAGAGAUAAGACUGCCCGUGAGGGCCAUCGAGUGACACUGGAGUGCAAGGUAAACCCUCCCAGGGCGCAGGUGACUUGGCUGAAGGGAAACGUAGAGCUUGUCCCAUCUUCAAAGUACCAGAUAAGCACUGAGGACGCAUUUCGCAAAUUAAUUAUCAAUGAUGUGAACUGUGACGAUGAAGACAUGUACACCAUGAGAACCAAAGCAGGGCAGAGCAGUGCACGACUACUUGUGGAAGGUCUAGCCAUCCAGAUCUUUCGAAGUCUGACUGACGUGAAGGUCAAAGCGCCCGCUGAUGCAUGUUUUGAGUGUGAAGUUUCUGUUCCGCUGACCAGACCCCCUCAGUGGAGUUUAAAUGGCACUUUACUAUACAGUGGUCCCGAUGUUAUCAUAGAAAAUAGAGGAACUCGAUAUAAACUCACCCUGAAAGACACAUAUCCAGAAAUGACCGGGACAGUGAGAUUUACUGCGGGUAAAACUCGUUCUGAAGCCAGGCUCAUUGUGCAAGAAUAAGAACAUCACAAGCUGCAUCUACGGCGAGACAUCUCUUCCUGCCUUUUAGACGUUACUUAUAGCCCUUAUAGAUUUCUCACACUUAUUGCUUGCACAUAAUUCCCCUCUCCGAAUUUUUACAGUGCAUUUUGGUAGAGCUGUGCUCGUACCGGUGAGAUUUCGCAUGGUGCUCUAGAAGGCAAAGCUAUUUAGAAGACACCGUAUAUAGGUUAUAAACCUUGCAGAUUGGAGCACAAUAAAAUAUACAUUAAUUCUAAUGUCUUAUGUGCUCUGUAAUCAAAUAAAAUGUAUGGGAAGAGACACGAUGAAAGGCAGAGAUACAGAAAAGGAAGGAUUCAAUCUAAAUAAGUUGGAAAUGUGCCCAGAGCAAGAUGAGGACAUACAAAGGAAAAAUGAAAGUGACGUGAAAAUUGUUAAAAAGAUUAGAAAAGAGACAUAAGAAACACAGAAGGCACCAGAGCCAAGUGACGUGCCUGUAUAUACCUAUUUAUAAAUAUUUAUACCCGUCUUUCUCCAUUUUAUUUGUACGUUAUAAGGCUCUGGUGAUUUCUUCAGGAGAGACAGGGAGAGAUUGCAAUGCUACAAAAAAGGGGAAUUGCACUAGUAAAAAGAAAUAUGAACUAAUGGGAUUGACAGGACAGAAGCAGAGCUGAACAAUCUGUAGCAGAUAAAACAAACAAACAAACAAAAAAAAACAGCCUGAACUGAUGAGAGUUACGGAGAAAUGAAAUUGAAAUGUUUGUAAAUUUGUGGCAGGUUGGUGAGAUCAGAUCCCGAAGCGCUGUCUGUCUGUGAAUAUUUACAUUAAUAGGAACAUCUUGUCAAAAAGAACGUGCCCCAAACUGACCUUCAACAUUCACAUACCCAGCUCCCCCCCCCACACACACACACAUACGCUCCCCAAGGCUUCAUGCCCCGACCUUUCCCUGCUGACGUCAGCCGUGUACGCAAUGUUCCUCUGCCUUUGAAAUUAAACUUACUUCGCACUUUG